CAUCACAACACGACAGACAACGUAAACAUCUUCAUAUAAAUAGCAACAAGGCAUAUUUCUUUCAAGUAUUGUUUGUUCAAAAUGAAUAGGCAAGCAUUUGAGUUGAUGUGUUUUUUAACGUUCUUAACAUGUUUUUUGCUGUUCAAUGUUACAUAUGCGAUGACAAGACAACAGUUGAAAAAUUCAGGAAAAAUGAUGAAAAAAUCCUGCAUCCCGAAAAAUGACGUAACUGAAGAGCAAGUCGGUUCAAUAGAGCAGGGAAAAUUUAUAGAAGAAAGAAAUGUUAUGUGUUAUAUCGCAUGCAUCUACACUAUGACUCAAGUAGUAAAAAAUAAUAAGUUAAGUCACGAAGCUGUACUCAAGCAGGUAGACAUGAUGUUCCCGGCCGACAUGCGCGUCGCUGUCAAGGCUAUGGCUGAAAAAUGCAAGGACGUCUCAAAGAAAUACAAAGACAUAUGUGAAGCUUCAUAUUGGACUGCAAAAUGCAUGUACGACGCUGAUCCGGCAAACUUCGUUUUUCCAAUGACUCGAGAACAGCUCAAAAAAACAUUAACGAUGACUAAGAAACAAUGCAUGCCGAAAACCGGAGUAACAGAAGAAAAAGUAGGCAGGAUCGAGCAAGGUGUGUUCUACGAAGAAAAAAACGUGAUGUGCUACGUCGCUUGUAUCUACAAGUCCAUUCAAGUGGUCAAGAACGAGAAAUUAAAUAAAGAUAUGGUGGCAAAGCAAAUCGAUAUUCUCUACCCUGCGGACAUGAAGGCAGCCGUGAAAAAGUCUGUGGCGAAAUGUAUUGACGUUCAUCAAGUUGGAAAGAUAGAGCAAGGCAAGUUUUUAGAAGAAAAGGAUGUAAUGUGCUAUAUAGCGUGCAUUUAUUCAGUUGGUGGUGUGGUCAAAAAUAACAAAGUAACGGUCGAUGCCAUGGUGAAACAGGUUGAUAUGAUGUUCCCGAAUGAAAUGAAAGAUCCCGUAAAAGCAGCUAUAGAAAAUUGCAAAGGAGUAGCCCGACGUUUGUAUUGUAAUCAAGGGAAAUUGACUUCCUUUAUAUGGUUUGAAGAAAACGACAAUCGUUUUGUUGCGCCUUUGUGGCAGCGAAGAUUAGUCAUGGAACGGCAAACCUGGGUGUUUGUUAUGGUGCUUGCUUUUUUAGCUAAUGGAUGUGAUGCUCUAACCAGAGCGCAAAUGAAAAAAUCUGCAGCAGCGUUCAAAAAGAAAUGUAUGGCUAAAGAAAAUGUUUCUGAAGAUAUGAUCGGGGACAUAGAAAAAGGAAAGUUUAUCGAAGACAAAGGAGUCAUGUGCUAUAUUGCGUGCAUUUACCAAAUGGCUAAUGUCGUUAAAAAUAACAAACUAAGCUAUGAAGCAUCCAUAAAACAGAUCGAUAUAAUGUAUCCCGCAGAAUUAAAAGAACCUGCCAAAAAGUCGGUGGAAGCGUGUAAGGACAUAUCGAAGAAAUAUAAGGAUUUGUGCGAGGCCUCCUACUGGACUGCGAAGUGUAUUUACGAGCAUGACCCUAAAAACUUUGUAUUCGCUUAGAACGAUUGUUAAUAAAAACUUGAAUAUAA